AGAUCCGAGCACCAGGGAGGCGCGGGCCCCGCGCGCCGGAGCUCCCGCGGCCAGCUGGGGGCGCUCGGGUGCUCGUACCACGGCCGGGGACAGCGGGUCCGCGGCUGGUCAUUUACUUCUUCAGUCGCCUUCAGCUGCCUUCAGCUCAUUGGUCGGCCCGUAGGAGGCGGGCGGGCCAGUAAGCCAAUCGGAGGCCUGAGCUCCUCCCUCGUUGCGUCACCAGAGCGCGCAGAUGCGCGCGAGCAGUUGGCCCCUGAUUGGGGCGCAGAGGGGCGGGGACACGGCGCUGACAGUUGUCAGAGGAGGGCGGGAGGGCGAGCGGGCGAGGGGCGGGAGUGUAAAUAGAGCGGGGAGGCGCCGCGUCUCCUCGCCACCUGCGGGUGUCCGUCGAGGAGCUCCGGGGGACCAUGGAGGAAGACGAGCAGGAGCGGCGGCGCAGGAAGGUCGAGGCCGGAAGAGCGAAGCUUGCUCACUUCCGGCGGAGGAAAACAAAAGGUGACAGUGCGGAUUCGAAGAAAAAGACGGCGGAGAGGAAGGGCCCGGCUUUCGUUGCGCCUAUCCAGGAGGAGAGUCCGCUAGCCUCCCGGGAUGGUGGGCUUCUGGGAGCGAGGGUUGUUUGCAAGAGUGCGGCACACAGCGACACCCCACAUGGGGCCAGAGGGUCAUUUUCAGCUCAGGAGCAAGAACAAGAUCAUGAACUGGUGAGAGGACCUAAGGAUGGGGCUGGCCACCAGCAGCACCAGCAGCAGUCACUUCAGACAGUGCCUACCCUUGAGUUGGAAGCACUGCGCUUGAGUCUGAACAACAUGCACACAGCACAGCUAGAGCUGACACAGGCCAACUUGCAGAAGGAGAAGGAGACAGCUCUGUCAGAACUGCGGGAGAUGCUCAACGGCCGGCGGGCACAGGAGCUGGCGCUGCUGCAGAACCGGCAGCAGUGUGAACUGGAGCUGGUGAGGGAGCAGCAUGCUCGGGAGAAGGAGGCAGUGCUUCUCCGCUGUGGGCAGGAGACAGCUGAGCUGAAGGAGAAGUUACGGUCAGAAAUGGAGAAAAAUGUCCAGAUGAUGGAGAGCCUGAAGCAAGACUGGGAAUCUGAAAGACAGUUAUGCUUAGAAAAUCUACGCAAAGAGUUAUCAGCAAAGCACCGGUCAGAAAUGGAGGAUUUGCAAAAUCAAUUUCAGAAAGAAUUGGCGGAACAGAGAGCUGAGAUGGAAAAGAUUUUUCAAGCCAAAAAUCAAGCUGAAGUUUCUCUGAAGAACCUAGAGGCUCAGCAUCAAGCAGCCAUCAAGAAGUUACAGGAAAACUUGCAGCUGGAACACUGCCAGUAUUUGCAAGACUUGGAGGUGAAAUUCAGAGAAAAGGAAAAAGAAAAACAGUUGGAGUUAGAGAAUCUUCAGGCAUCCUAUGAAAACCUGAAGGCCCAAUCACAAGAAGAAAUUAGGCAUCUGUGGUCCCAGCUCGAGUCUGUGAGAAUCAACAGAGAGGAACUGAAUGAGUCAAAGGACCCACUCCAUGCACGAGCGUCUCAUGUGGAGGAGCUGGAACAUCUGCGAUGGGAUUUUGCUCAGCAGCAGCAGCAGGACAGAGCCCAGCACGAGUGUGAACUGGAGCAGUUGAGAGUCUAUUUUGAGAAGAAAUUGAGGGAUGCUGAGAAGACUUACCAAGAAGACUUGACCCUGUUUCAGCAGCGGCUGCAGGAGGCAAGGGAGGAUUCUCCCCCAGGGUCCGCAGAGGUCAGUUCAUCCUGUAUAUUUUUAGAAGAGACAUCUGGAAGAGAAAGAAAAGAGCACCUUGACCAACUUGAUUUUCAUCUUGAACAGCAGCAGGAAACCCUGACGUGUUUACAAGCAGGGGCAGAAGAAGACCACAUGUGCAAGUCAGAGGUGUUAAGUUGUCUCCAUGUCCAGCUGGAAGCAGACGAGUCAGAUAGAUGCCUCGGGCCCAAGGUGCUGGAUCUGGAACCAAGCCUGGCUGCACCUUCAGACCAGCAUAGCCCAGACCUCGUGCAGGUGCAUCUCCGGUGUAUGCAGGACAUAACAACGGAGGAAGAUGCACAGGUAGCAUCUAGAAUCCUGGGUUUGGAAGCUGAGCACAAGGUUAAACUCUCACUUCUUCAAACUGAGCUCAAGGAAGAAAUUGAACUCUUAAAAAUAGAAAACAGAAAUUUACAUGAGAAGUUACAGCAUGAGACUCAUCUGAAAGAGGACCUGGAGAAUGUAAAACAUACUCUAGUUGAACACCACAAAGAAGAUUUAAAUAAAGCAGAAGAGAAGAUUCAACUAAUGAAACAAGAAUUAAAAAGGAAAGAAAUGGAGUGGGAACUUUUACAGCAGGACCUGAAGAAGGAAGCUGAAGAGAGGUUAGCCUUGAUGCUUCUUGAGCUGAGAGAAAAGGCUGAGUCUGAGAAACAGUCCGUCAUAAAAAGAUUUGAGCUUCGAGAGAAGGGUAUGAAGCACCUUCAAGAUCAACAGACAGCCCAGAUCCUGGGCCUAGAGAAGUCUCUGAGGGACCAGCAGGGCCGUCUGCGGCAGUUAGAACAAGAACUUGCUGGGGAUGAGGCCUUGUUGUGCAGCCAGUGUGGCCAGCAGCCAUCCAUGGCUGAGGAAGGAGAGUGCACCCUGCUUCCCCAUGACGAGGAGGAUUGUGCCCUCCAGCUUAUGCUGGCUCGGAACAGGUUUUUGGAAGAGCGUAAAGAAAUUAUGGAGAAAUUUGCUGCAGAACAAGAUGCCUUCCUGCAGGACAUCCAGGGGAAGCAUGCUCACGAGCUCCAGCUCCUGCAGCAGGAACACCAGCAGCAGCUUCUCUCAUUAAGGACAGAACUGGAGAAGAAGCAACAGGCUGAGCUUGCUGAGCAGAGAACUUCGCUUGAGAGUGAGCAGCGGGUGCUCUUUGAGAAGCAUAUGGCUGAAUUGCAUGUGAAACAUGCUGCGGAAAUUAGUGCUUUGGAGAGGAGACAUUUGUCCAACCUGGAUGCUCUGGAAUCCUGUUACCUGGCUGACAUUCAGAGUGUUCAGGAUGAGCACAGGAAAGCUCUGGAGCUUUUGCGAGUAGAACUUGUGGAACAGCUGCAGAAAAAGGACUCCUAUCACCAAGCAAUUUUGACCCAAGAGUUGGAGAAGCUUAAGCUGAAAUAUGAUGGGGAGCUUCAGUCUCUAAAGGACAAUCUGAGAAUUGCAACGAGUGCUAAACAUCCAGAGCCACUGACAGCCCAGACCAUCGAGGUGCAAGGUGUACGCCAGGAGUCACUAGCUUCUGCCCUGCAUCAUCAGAGGUGCCUGCUAGAGGAAGAUAAGGUUGCGUCCCUGGACAGGGUGGACACUGAAGUCCUGCUCCUAGAGGGCCAAGCCACUCCACAGCAGCUGGGAGAUGUACAUGCAGUAGAGACACAGAAGUCACAAAUAGAGCUGGCCAAGCCCCCAGAGGUACAGGGACAGGCUGCUCAGCUGAAAGACCAAGUCUUGUCCCUGCAUCAGGAGGUAGAACAGUGUCACGCUGAGCUCGAGAGGCUGCGGCAGAGGCGUGAGAGGGAGAACCAGGAGGGUGCCGCCCUCAUCUGCAUGCUCCGGGCAGAUGUGGACCAGUCUGAGAGUGAGGGGAAAGUACUCCGUGAUGCCCUGAGGAGACUGCUGGGUUUGUUUGGAGAAACACUGAAGGCAGCUGUUGCCCUGAAGAGCCGGAUUAGUGAGCGCGUGGGUCUCUUUCUGGACCACAUGGGUGCCACAGAAGCAGGCCAAGCCCCAGAAGCAGCUCCAGCACUUGAUGAAAUAUGGUCUGAUACCAUCCUGCUGGGAUUGGACAGAACUUUGCCUGAAGGAGCAGAGAUGUCUUCAGUGGCUGAAAUUAGCAGUCAUGUCUGUGAAAGCUUUUUACUGAAUCCGGAAAGUACUCUGGAAUGUGAGCAGCCCAUUAGAAAAUUCUACCAGAGCCUUGGCAUGGCUGUUGAUGGACUCCUAGAGAUGGCCUUAGACUCCUCCAGACAGUUAGAAGAAGCACGUCAGAUACAUUCUCAUUUUGAAAAAGAAUUUCUCCACAAGACCGAGGAGACUGCACAGCUUGUGCAGAAGCAGCAGGAGAUGCUGGAACGCUUGCAAGAGGAGAGCGCUGCCAAGGCCGAGCUGGUGCUGGAGCUGCACACAGCUCAAAGCCUCCUUGAAGGGUUCAAGGUGGAGAAAGCUGAUCUUCAGGAGGCACUUGGUCAAAAGGAGGAGCUGGAGCAGCAGCUAGUCCUGGAGCUUGAAAGCCUACGACAGCAGCUGGAGCAGGCAGCCCAGGAUCUGGCUGCUCUCAGACAGGAGAAGGCCACCCUGUGGAGCCAGAAGGAAGCCUUGGCUGCUGAGGCAGAGGCAAGGGAGGCUGCACUACAGAAGGAAAUGGAAUCUCUAACCAGGGAGCAGUCAGAGGCCAGGAAGCAGUCGGAGAAGGACCAGGCAUCUCUGCUGUCUCAGAUGAAGAUCUUGGAGUCAGAGUUGGAGGACCAGCUCUCACAGCACCAGGGCUGUGCCCAGCAGGCUGAGGAGGCGGCCACUCUAAAGCAGCAGUUACUUGCCCUGGAUAAGCAUUUGCGUAGCCAGCGGCAGUUCAUGGACGAGCAGGCUGUUGAGCGUGAACAUGAGCGUGAAGAGUUCCAGCAGGAGAUCCAGAGGCUGGAGGAGCAGCUCCGCCAGUCAGCCCGGCCACGGCUGCCAAAUCACCUUGAUAGCCAGAUUGAAUUGUUACAAGAAAAACUGCGAGAAAAAUCAGAUGGAUUUAAUGAAUUGGUCAUAAAAAAAGAGUUGGCAGAUCGACAACUUCUGACCCAGGAAGAAGAAAUUAAAUACCUUGAGGCGACACAUGCCAACACCCAAAGACAAAUGGUCCAGCUCCAGGAAGAACUAGAAAAGCAGAAAAAAACUGUGAAAGAACUGCAAGAUAAAGAGGCACUAAAGAGACAGCAGAUGAGUGAUUCUCUGCUAAUGUCUAUGUCACAGUCUACACUCAGUGAAGGCAAGUGUCCCUUGCCACCUUUGGAACACUCUCCUGAGGAUUUAGAAGUCCAGCUAGAAACAACACAGAGAAAGCUCCUACAGCGUGAGACUGAGGUUUUGGACUUAAAGAAACAGCUAGAAAAUAUUAAGGCUGAUUUAGUACGUAAAAAUGAAGAAAUACUACAUCUGAACUUAAAACUGGAGGUACAGAACAAUCCUGCUGUGGUCAGCAUCCAGGAACUUCAAGAGGAAAAUGCCAGUUUAAAGGUUGGGUACAGCAGAAGCUCUGAGGUUGAAGAAUUGAAAGCCAUUAUUGAAAAUUUACAAGAGAACCAAGAGCGAUUACAGAAAGACAAAACAGAAGAAAUCGAACAGCUCCACGAAGUCAUUGAGAAGCUGCAGCAUGAGUUGACCCUCAUGGGGCCUGUGGUACAUGAACUCAGUGACUGUGCAGCUGACAGCCUUCACAGUGAGCUGCUUAGCCUCCAGUCUAAGGGGCCAGGUGGGCAGGCGCUGCAGGCUGAGCUUGAAGCUACAUGCUCAGCCAAGGAAGUCUUGAGCCAGGUGCUGGCUGAGCAGGUACAGGGGCACAAUCAGGCCCUGGAGGCUUUGCAGCAGCGCCUGCAAGCUGCAGAGGAGGCUGCCACACAGCAGCUGGCUGAACUGGGACGCAUUGUGACCCUCAGGGAGGCUGAGGUUGAGGUGAUGGCCUCCCGAAUUCAGGAAUUUGAAGCUGUCCUGAGGGCAAAGGAAGCAAUCAUUGUGCAGAGAGAUUUGGAAAUUGACGCUAUGAACAAGCAGGGAGUGGCUCACUCGGUGGAGCUGCAUUCUGUCCUGCUGGCCUUGACACGCUUCCGUGGUGCCCUGGAACGGCAGCCUCUGGCUGUUCCAGGUGAGCCUCCUGAGCUACAGCAGCUGCGAGUACAGUGUGCCCAUCUCAGCUGCCAGCUGCAGCUGCUGUACCAGCGGCUCCUGGGCUGCCAGGGGGAACCGGAUCAGCAUCAGGCCCAUGGAGGAGUGCCUGGCGGCUCCCCACAUGCUCACAUGGACACACAGUCUGAGCAGCAUGAUCUGUUGGAACAGGACAAUGUGCAGCCUGCUGAAGUACUGGUGUCACCAAAGGACUCCGGUCUCCACAAAGCAGAAAAUAUGAUCUCGGUGCUCACAGUGUGCCAGAGGCAGCUGGAAGCAGAGCUGCUCUUGGUGAAAAGUGAGAUGUGCUUGAACAUGGAUGACAGCAGCUGGAUGCCAGAAGGGUUGCAGGGUAAGGAAAAGCAAGUAGAAGAUUGUCAGCUGCAUAAAGUCAGCCUCAUUGCUCAAGUGAAACAACUUCAGGAAAAACUGAACCAACUGGUAUGUUCUAUGGCCUUCCAGGACAUCGACACUGAGCCUCCUAAAUUCCAGCAGUGCUCAACAUUGCCAUACCUGUUAGAAAAUGGUUCAGAUGAUGGCUUCCAUAAUGGCGAAGAAACAGAUGGGUUGCCUCCUGUUGACAUGUUUGAUUUUGAUAAAUCCACACAGGAUCUCCUUGGUGGAAAUAAAAAUAGAGAUUUUUUGGUAGACAGUAAAAUCCCAGCUUUUCCCACUCAAGAAAAUCUAGCAUUACAAGAUGGGCCUGUUUCCUCACAAACCAGCAUACACAGAAGCUCCCUCCUCCACACUGAGGAGGCUGAGCCCCAGAAGCACCCAGUGAGGCCCGCGGACCUGUCUUCUUGGAGCUCUCCUGAAGUCCUCCGGAAGGACUCUACCCUAGAGCCUCAGCUCAGCCUACCCCUGACGCCCUGCUCAGGGGCCAUGAGCCUGCGCAGCGCUGACACCACCCCAAAAGACUGGAUGGACUCACCAAUGGGGGCCCAUGCUUCAGAGCUGCUUUGUUACCCAGGAGUGAGCCCACAGAGGACAGCAGCUGUGUCGGCUGAGCAUCACCAUGGAGAGACAGCCCCGGAAAAGGACGUUGAAGACUUUGUCAUAACAUCGUUUGAUUCUCAAGAACCAUUAAGAUCCCCUCCUCUCGGGUUAGAAAAAAGAAGCAAUGGGAGUGGAAACAGUGAUGACCCAGGUACUGAUGUGAUACUGACACCAGGCUCAGUAGGACCUGAGGAUCUCACUGCUGGCUCUGUUGCUGCUGCUCUCAACUUUGAAGGGUCCCCACAGCCACUAGGAACAAUGAAGGAGAAGGAGGUCCACGGGAAGCAUGUGAAGGCUUUGCUGCAGAUGGUGUUUGACGAGAGCCAUCAGAUACUGGCCUUGUCAGAGAACCAAGAGCUCCCCAGAGCUCUGAGCCGGGGCGAACCACGUGCCCUUCUGGAUGACUGCUUGAGGGAGAGGCAGGGGCUGCUGGAGUUAGCACCUGAGAAAGAAGAAAAGGAACCUUCUGACACCUGCCUUGCCUGGAGUGGUGGGCUUUUGCAGGCUGUGCAAGAGGCGUUUGAGAAAGAGCUGAAGCCCAGAUCUUGCAGCUCAGACCUGCAAGAUUACAGUUCCCUUUUCAAGAGGCUGGAGAAGAUUAUCCAAGAACAAGGGGACCUGAAGGAGAAGCCCCAGGAACACCUUUUCCCACCAGAUAGGAGCAGCCUGUUGUCCGAGAUCCAGGCCCUUCGGGCUCAGCUGCGCAUGACGCACCUGCAGAACCAGGAGAAACUGCAGCAGUUAUGCACAGCACUGACGAGUUCAGAGGCCCGCGGGAGUCAGCGGGAACACCAGCUUCGUAGGCAAGUUGAACUAUUGGCAUAUAAAGUUGAGCAGGAAAAGUGUAUAGUAAGUGACUUACAGAAAACCCUGGGCAAAGAACAAGAGAAAGUAAGUGAUGUCCGGAAGCGCCUGGUUGCAGAGCAGAGCACGGUGCAGGAGCUGAAGUUGGAGCUGCUUGAGUAUAAACAGGAGAACGCAAGGCUGUUGGAAUCCCUUGGUGAGAUGCAGCGGGAAAUCCUCCAGCUGAGGUCCAUGCUGGAUGGGAAGGAGAAUGACCUGAAGGCUGCUCUGGAGGAGCUGGAGUGUGAGCACAGGAAGGAGCAAGCCCUCCAGGCCCAGUGGGAGGAAGAGCGGCAGCGGCACCUUCAGUGGGAGGGCCAGAGCUCCAAGGCCUUGGAGGAGUUAAAAAUAACUUUAGAGAAGCAACGUUCUCAAAAUAGUCAACUGUGUGUUGCAUUAAAACACGAACGCACAGCCAAAGACAACCUGCAGAAAGAGUUGCAAAUUGAGUGUUCACGCUGUGAGGCCUUGCUGGCACAGGAACAGAGCCAGCUCUGCGAGCUUCAGAAGAGCCUGGAAGCUGAGAAGAGUCACUCAUCGGAGCUGCUGGAGGCCUUGCAGCAUGAGCGGCUCUUGACAGAACAGCUGAGCCGCAGUGUGCAGGAGGCCUGUGCCCGCCAGGAGACACAAGGACACCAUAACUUACUGCGAAAGCUGAAGUCAGAGAAGGCUCGUACACUAGAGCUGCAGGCCAUGCUUGAGAAAGUGCAACAGCAGGCCACCCAGGCACAGCAGCAGCUGGAGGCCCAGGCUCAGGAGCGCUGUGCUGAACUCAGGAGAGAGAAGGAGCGAGAAUUAGAGUUACAGCACCAACGCGAUGAGCAUAAGAUCAAGCAACUUCAGCAGAAGGUGAAAGAGCUGCGGUGGAAAGAAGAGGUCCCUUGGGGUGACGACUCCCGUCUGGGUGCCCUGGACUUGGGCCGUCUCCAGGAGCAGCAGCAGGAGCUGGAGAAGAUAAGGCAGCAGCUGCUCUGUGUGGCCGGGCUUCUGACUAGCUUUGUCAACCACACCGUGGACAGGACAAUGAAUGACUGGACAUCAUCCAAUGAGAAGGCGGUAUCAUCCUUAGUCCACACGCUGGAGGAACUGAAGUCUGAGCUGAGCAUGCCUGCCUCCUCCCAGAAAAAAGUGACAGCAGAGCUACAAGUCCAGCUCAUGGAUGUGCUACUGAAAGACAACAACUCUCUUACACAAGCUGUCAGCACAGCUACUCGGGAGAAAGCGGAGCUGUGCAGGGCAGUGUCCAGGCUGGAGAGGACUCUGAAGCACCAUGUGCAGAGAGGCUGUUCUCUGAGUAGGCCGGGCAGAUGUGCGUGGAAGCAAGAUGGGGCUGCUUUGCCGAUUUCACCAGGACACUCAAACCUUGGACAGCCCACGCUGCCUGUGAGUGAGGACACAGACACCUGCCACGUCAGGAUGGAAAAAUUGUACUUGCAUUAUCUGAGAGCAGAGAGCUUUAGGAAAGCUCUGAUUUAUCAAAAGAAGUAUCUUUUACUGCUGAUUGGUGGAUUCCAAGAUUCUGAACAAGAAACCCUCUCCAUGAUUGCUCAUUUGGGGGUUUUUCCUUCCAAAGCAGAUAAGAAAGUCACUGCAUCUCGUCCUUUUACGAAGUUUCGCACUGCCGUCAGGGUGGUCAUUGCGGUGCUUAGAUUACGUUUUUUGGUUAGGAAAUGGCAAGAAGUUGAUCGGAAAGGAGCUCUAGCACAAGGCAAAGCUUUGCGUCCAGGAUUCCGAGCAUCACGGCGGCAGCAGUCUUCAUCUGAAGCCAGAGAGUCCUUGCCUACUCGGGAUGUGUCUUCAGGCCCUGCCAAGGACUCUGCACAUGGCGCUGGGCUGUCAGCCACCCCCUCCCUGAAAAGAUCUACUUCAUCCCCAAAUUCAAGGUUAGGAAGAUCCUUGACUGCUUCUCAAGAUCCAGAACACUCAUUGACAGAAUAUAUUCACCAUCUAGAAAUGAUCCAGCAACGACUGGCAGGGGUGCUACCAGAUUCUGCUUCAAAGAAAUCCUGUCACCAGAAGAUUAAACAAUGAAUAAAGUCCUGUGGCUUUAACCUGUGACAGUUCUAGUUGAGGAAAAGAUGUUUUUCCCUAAGGAAAGCUCAUAGUGUGGCCUGGAACACUGUCCAUGCCGUGAUGCCGGCCCCCGAUGCAACUAAGUGUGCCAGCCUCAUCAUCGCAUGCUGCAGAGCGCUUUUUGUGACCUCAGAACACCCUUGUUCCUCCCACCCCUGAGCCAUGGCUGUGUGCUAUUCUCCGCACCUGUUCUAAGCCGGGAGGUGGGGAGUGGUUUCCUGUUUAUUUCUUAGAGUGUACAGAUGGAAACAUCAUUUAGAAGUGGAACCUUUUACCCUACACACACACACACACACACACACACAAAAGAAGGAAUAAAGAGUAAGACUGUA